ACUCAGGCAGCUCAGGGGUCCAGAGACAGACAGACAGACAGAAGGGGGCUUCAGGCUCUGAGUUGCAUGUGUAGUUUUCUAGAAAACACAUAAGUUGCAAAAUGUCGCGGAUAUUAAACCUGAUCGGAAGUCAUCUGCGGAGAGAUCUGUCCGCGUGUCGGAGCAGCGCGCGGCUUCCUGUGAGGACCUUCUGCUGCUCGGCCAGAAGACCCGCAGAGGACAGUGAUGUGCACUCUGCUCUGAGGAAGCGCUGGAAGGACUCUGCAGACACGGUGAUCAUCGGGGGGGGCUGCGUGGGGGCCAGCGUGGCCUACCACCUGGCUAAAGGAGGCCUGAAGGACGUGGUGCUGCUGGAGAAGUCCGAGCUGACCGCCGGCUCCACCUGGCACGCUGCUGGUCUGACCACAUAUUACCAUCCUGGCAUCAACCUGAAGAAAGUUCACUAUGACAGCAUCAAACUGUACGAGAGGCUGGAGGCUGAGACUGGACAGGCGGUGGGCUUCCACAACCCCGGCAGCGUGCGCAUCGCCUCCACGGCGGCUCGAGUGGACGAGAUGAAAUACCAGAUGACUCGAACUCACUGGCAGGUGACGGAGCAGUACUUCAUCACGCCGGAGAGAGUCCACGAGCUCUUCCCUCUGCUCAACAUGGACAAGGUGUUGGCAGGUCUGUACACCCCAGGCGACGGCCACAUCGACCCGUACUCUCUGACCAUGGCGCUGGCGGCCGGAGCUCGUAUGUACGGAGCUCAGAUCUAUAACCCGGCCCCGGUGACCGGCCUGCAGCAGACCGCCGGCGGCCAGUGGGACGUGGAGACGCCUCACGGGACCAUCAGGGCCAACCGCAUCGUCAACGCUACAGGUUUCUGGGCCCGGGAGGUUGGCCAGAUGAUUGGCUUUGACCAUCCCACCAUCCCGGUGCACCACCAGUACGUGGUGACAGCAACCGUCCCAGAGGUGAAGGCUCUGAAGAAGGAGCUGGCGGUCAUCAGGGACCUGGAGGGAUCGUACUAUCUACGUCAGGAGAGAGACGGCCUGCUGUUUGGUCCCUACGAGAAGAUGGAGAAGAUGGUGCUGCAGGACUCCUGGGUCAGAAACGGAGUGCCUCCAGGUUUCGGUAAGGAGCUGUUUGAGUCGGACCUGGACAGGAUAAUGGAGCACAUUGAGAUGGCCAUGGAGAUGGUCCCAGUGCUGAAGAAAGCUGACAUCAUCAACGUGGUGUCUGGACCAAUCACGUACACCCCUGACCUGCUGCCCAUGGUCGGACCUCACCAAGGGGUUCGCAACUACUGGGCCGCCAUUGGCUUUGGGUAUGGAGUCAUCCAUGCCGGCGGUAUCGGUAAGUUCCUGAGUGACUGGAUCCGGACCGGAGAACCUCCUUACGACCUGAUCGAAUGCGACCCCAACCGGUACGGCAAAUGGGCCGACGUGCCGUUCUUGUGCGCCAAAGCUCGAGAAUCCUACGGGUUCAACAAUGUGGUGGGCUAUCCAAAGGAGGAGCGAUUCGCCGGUCGACCAACUUACAGAAAAAGUGGCGUUUACGAGCUGCUGAAGGACAAAGGGUCCAUGGGCUUCCACGCCGGCUGGGAACAACCUCACUACUUCUACAAACCUGGAGAUGACAUCGGAUACAAGCCCAGUUUCAGACGCACCAACUGGUUCGCGCCGGUCGGCAGAGAGUGCAAGCUGGUGAUGGACAAGGUGGGCGUCAUCGACCUGACGCCCUUCGCCAAGUUCAUGGUGAAGGGGAAAGACUCGCACAAGCUGCUGGACCGCCUGUUCGCCAACACCAUGCCCAAGGUGGGUCUGACCAACAUCAGCCACAUGUUGACGCCCAGCGGGAGAGUCUUUGCUGAGGUCACCAUCACCCAGCUGGCUGCAGGAGAGUUCCUGCUCAUCACAGGCUCCGGGUCGGAAGGUCACGACCUCAGGUGGAUCGAGGCAGAAGCUGCAGAUGGCGGUUAUGACGUGGAAAUCAGCAACUUGACAGAAGAAAUUGGCGUUCUGGGCAUCGCAGGACCAAAUUCACGCAAAGUUCUGCAGAAGCUGACGGACGAGGACUUGAGCGACGCCGGGUUUAAAUUCCUCCACUGCAAGUCCAUCCAGCUGGCCGGACUUCCUGUCAGGGCCAUCAGGAUCUCCUACACAGGUGAGCUUGGCUGGGAGCUGUACAUUGAGCAGAAGAACAUGGCUGCUGUCUAUAACGCCAUGAUGGAGGCAGGUAAAGGUGAAGGCAUCGACAACUUCGGCACCUACGCCAUGAACGCCCUCAGACUGGAGAAGGGCUUCAGAGGCUGGGGGGCUGAGAUGAACUGUGACACGAACCCUCUGGAGGCUGGACUGGAUUACUUCAUCAAAAUGAACAAGCCUGCUGAUUUUAUUGGUAAAGCAGCUCUGCAGCAGAUUAAAGCCCAGGGCCUGAAGAGGAAGCUGUCCUACAUCAGCCUGGACACCGACGACAUCGACCCCGAAGGAAACGAGACCAUCUGGUGCAACGGCAAGGUGGUGGGUAACACCACGUCUGGCGCCUACAGCUACAGCUCCCAGCAGAGCCUGGCGUUCGCCUACCUGCCCCUGGACCUGUGCUCGGUGGGGCAGAAGGUGGAGGUGGAGCUGCUGGGGAGGAAAUACCCGGCCAUGGUGAUCCAGGAGCCCCUGGUCCUCACGGAGCCCACACGGACCAGGCUGCAGAAGAAAGCCAAGGGGAAAGCAUAAAAACACAUAAAAACAACCUUCCUUCAUCAGUUUCUCACCAGCAAAUGAACAAUGUACUGCGAUAUAUCGAGUCAAGUCUUAUGGAAUAUGAAUAUGUCUUAUCUCGUAUAUGGAAAAGCAAAAUGUCUGUGUACUGAACUGUUCCUGGCAUAUUUCACAACUAACCGUCCUGGUUUGUCUUUGUUUUGUUUAAAACAGAUUGAAAUGCACGAUAGCACGGUGCAUCUCGGCAUCAGGGAAAUAAUAAAUGUUUUUAAUAAUGUCUGUUGAAUGCUUUUGUAUCACAAUGUCUUACGGUGCUGGAAGAAUAAUUUACCUUUUUUUGUAAUUCCUUGAAUGGACGUUAAUGUGUCGCCAUGCCAACACCUUUUUGUGAAGGAUGUAAAAUACCUUUUGUGUUUAUUUGAAAUAAAUAAAAAAUAAUGCUGAAUAUUUCAUGGUCACAAAAGCACAAUGUGACAACGGCUAUAAACGGAAACAAACAACAUGCUUGCAAACUUGUAUAAAGAUUGUUUUAUAAAUCUUUUUUUAUGAAUGUAUAAUUAAAUCGGUUUACAUUAAUACCUUGAUAAUUAAA